CUCAAGUGACUCAUAACAAAUCUGGCGCAAAUUUAUCAUUCACACACCGCGGGUUACACACGUGCAGUGUCUUGUCUUUUGUCGGGCGAAAAAAAAUUACACCACGAUGAGCAACCAGGAAGCAAAUAAGCAAAAUAUGACAGAGUGUCCGAUUUGUUAUAAAACAUUCAGCCAGAAUUUAAUCGAGGCUCACGUCAAUAAAUGUCUUUUUCUGACCGAAUCAACAAGCACAUGUGAAGCGUCCACGCCAAAACGAUCCUCAUCUUUCAAAAGUAUCACGGAAAAUUCACCUGCAGCUAAAAGACCAAAACAUUCCUUGUCAGUUUCAAAGAGUGAAGGUACUCUUGGCUCAACUUAUGAAAACUCGAGUCCCAAUAGGAAGUUUGAUUCACAAGAAUCGGCUUAUAAAAAAGAGCUUAGGCAUCAGGACUCAGUUCCUCUGUCCGAAAGAAUGAGACCUGCUGAUAUAAUUUCGUACGUUGGUCAAACUCAUGUGAUAGGACAAGACAGUAUGCUGUACAAAUUGUUGACUAACACCGAAAUACCGAAUAUUAUUUUAUGGGGCCCACCAGGAUGCGGCAAGACUUCCCUAGCACACGUUAUUGAAAAUAUAUGCAAACGUUGUCCCGGUGGUAAGUAUCGUUUUGUCAAGCUCUCUGCUGCAAUGUCGGGUGUAGCAGAUGUUAAGACACUGAUCGCAACGGCAUCUAAUGAUCUGAAGUUUGGGAGGCGUACAGUCAUAUUUCUCGAUGAAAUACAUAGAUUCAACAAAACGCAACAAGACAUUUUUUUACCCCACAUUGAAUCUGGCACUGUAACUCUGAUUGGUGCCACCACCGAAAAUCCGUCCUACACCAUGAACUCGGCACUGUUGAGCAGAUGCCGAGUUAUAGUUCUCGAAAAACUGUCCAUUGAGAAUUUAACAAUAAUUUUGGAACAAGCUGUAAAGACUUUGGACGGAUCAAUUAUUGACAAGUCAAAAAAAAAACACAAAAAUUCAAACACGGUUGCACGUGCCAGUGAAAAAUUCAUCAUAGACAGAGAAGCGAUUAACUGGCUAGCAGAAACGUCAGACGGGGACGCCCGAAUCGCCCUUGGGGGAUUAGAAUUAGCCAUUGAGAGAAAAAUUCAGAAUGCAAACGAUUGCCAAUCACCCGGUUGUAUUUCCUUGGACGACAUAAAAACCAGUCUCAAAAAGAGUCACAUGCUGUACGACCGGACAGGGGAUCAGCAUUACGACAUGAUAUCUGCGCUGCACAAAUCCGUCAGAUCGAGCGAUGAAAAUGCCGCGUUGUACUGGCUCACUAGGAUGCUGGUCUCCGGUGAAGAUCCCGUGUACAUCGCGAGAAGGAUGGUACGCGCGUCGGGCGAGGAUAUCGGCAUGGAGGACCCAAAAGCUCUCGGCUUGGCAGUCAACACGAUGCAAGCCUGUAAAAUGCUCGGGAUGCCAGAAUGCGAUCUGUCGUUGGCCCAGUGUGUAACGUACUUAGCCAGGGCACCGAAAUCUCGCAUGGUCGACAGUGCUCUCAGAGCGGCCCAGAAGUACGUGUCCAGCUUCAAAGGUUGCCAGCCUCCGGUGCCUCUUCACUUGAGAAGGAAGCCUCAGCAGUUUGAUUUCGAUCGCGAAAGCAAACGCGUAAGGAUCAGCCCCGAAAAUGACUCCGAAAUGACGUACCUUCCGCGGCAAGUACAAAACGCCAACUUUUUUCCUCAAAAUUAACAAUUAAGACCAACCGAUUAUCUUGAAAAUCCUAUUUUUAUAUAUUUUGUAUAGUACACGAUAGCGCUCGUAAUGUUACGCGCAAUAUAUUUUUUUACCAGCAAUUAGAAUGUAAAUCCUUACGCAUUAAAAAAAGAUGAUUCAGUGAGAAAAAAAA